AUGGCCGAGGCGGAUGUUGAAUCGUUUACCCUUAUGUCGCUGGGCCUUGUCAUCAUUCUCAUCCGGAUCUAUGUGCGCUGGACGCAGGUCGGCCCUGCCAACUUCCAGCUCGAUGAUUACUUGAUGCCGCUGGCCGGGAUGGUGUUUACAGGAGAAACGGUGGCCGCGUAUCUCGUCGGGGCCAAGUUCAACGGCCUGACGAACAGCUACAUGACCCCCGAGCAACGGGCGGCGCUGAGCCCGGACUCGAAGGAAUAUUACGAUCGUGUCUGGGGCUCCAAAAUCCAGGUUAUAGGCUGGUCCUUGUACGCCUGCAUUCUGUGGUUGAUCAAAUUCUGUGUCGCCAUCUUCUAUUCCCGGUUGACGACUGGGCUGCUUCAUUUCGAGACACGCGUUCGCAUCUCAUAUGUCUUACUGGGUGUGACGUACAUUGCAGUCGCACUCUCCAUUCUACUCGGGUGCCAGCCCAUGAGGAAAUACUGGCAGAUUAAUCCCGAUCCUGGAAAUCUGUGUCAACCGACGAUUUCGAAGCUUUACGUUCUGAUUGUCGUGAUACCAAAUGUCCUCACCGAUCUCUAUCUGCUUUCCAUUCCUUUACCGAUCACUCUGAUGGCCCUCUUCAGCGGGGCUGCUUUCGUGAUCAUGGCCGGGAUUAUUCGUGCCGUGGUUAUCCUCAAAUCCGGCCCAGACGGCGCAGUCGCCGGAAGUCAGUGGGCUUGUCGCGAAACAUUCGUCUCCAUUGUCGUUUCCAACCUGCCCAUCAUCCAGCCUCUCAUUCGAAAGGGCGCCGUGAAGAUUGGGCUCAGCGCCCUGUUCAGCUCGUACGUCCGGACCUCACAAAAGAACCCUCUCUCGAGCAAAGAACACCAGAGCGGCCACGAACUGCGGAAGAGGAACCCGCACCCGCUGUCCAUCCCCAAGGGCACCGCCUGGGGCAGCGACGAGCACAUCCUGGAGCAGGGCGAGAACAAUGGCCAGCCGGAGCCUUCCAAGGAAAUCACCGUCAUCCAGGAGACGGUCAUCGAGAGCGAACCGUGGCCCACGGAGCACCCCGGUUCUUCGGCGGGAGCCCAGAGGGAUCACUGGGAACGGACUUCUGACGAGCGUGAUAAUGCAGCCCGCAAUUACCAGAUCUCUGUCUCGGCAGGAUCACAUCCUCGCUAA